GAAGCCAUUCCAGGCUCGUUCAUAGUGAGCCCAUGAGAUUCCGAAGCGUGUAUCAGAGGAAGGCAUUUCGAGCCUUGCUUGGAUCGAAUACCGACAUUUCCUUUUCUCGCUUUGUCCAGGUGACAAGUUGUCUUGGUUACAAGAUAGUGUAGCUAGCUGUUGUCACGCUGCAGGGAUACGGUCGACCACUUGCUGUUAUUAACAACGCGCGUGUCCACGUGCUGCGGGGGAUCCCUCAUCGACCUGUUUUACUAACAAGCAUUCAUUACCUGGCUCCAGGAGCAGUGAUGGCCAAUGACGGGUGUUUCCUCUUCUGUUGUCUUCUUACUCCAGAGGUUGUGAGAUGAUGGGGUUGUUGAGGAGGUUUGUGUGGCGCACGUUACGCCUGCUGUUGGAUUUAAUUGUGGUGAUGGUUGUAUUUACGCUGAUUCCUGGUGUGCCACCCCAUGUGACCUACAAUGCUUAUGAAAGGUCUCCACCUCCUUUGCCACUGGAAGGAGGUUUGGCAAGGAACACAAAGCUGAAUAAUGCUGAAAGGAUCCUGGAUGGGAGGAUCACAGGGCCAGAGUCAAUUGCCUCCCGGGCAGAUGAUGAAAUCUUUGUGAGCCUUCAUGGGGGCAAGAUACUCCGGCUGUGGGGACCCAGGUUUGACCACUUCAAGAUCGUGACUUCCAUUGGACCAGGAUGUGAUGGCCCAUGGCAGGAGAAAGUGUGUGGCCGUCCCCUUGGCCUCAGGUUUGGCCUAGAUGGCAAACUCUUGGUGGCUGAUGCCUACCUUGGCCUGUUCUCAGUGGAUGUGGACACAGGAGAUAAGGAGUCACUUUUUAACAUAACGGAGGAGAUAGACGGUGCUGCACCAAUGUUACCUGAUGACCUUGAUGUUGACAAGGAUGGAAACAUUUACUGGUCAGAUGCAUCAUCAGUCUCGCAUCUCUGUGAUAGCAUGACGGAAAUGAUGAGUGACCCCUCGGGAAGGAUCAUCAAGUUUGACCCCAAGACUGGCACCAACACUGUGCUAGUCCGGAAUGUCCACUUUGCCAACGGGGUGCAGCUUUCUCCUGACCAGGACUUUUUGAUUUUUUCUGAGACAUUCAAGUUCAGAGUGCUUAGAUACUGGUUGAAAGGACCAAAGGCUGGCCAGUCAGAAAUCUUUGUGGACCGCCUGCCAGGAUUCCCUGACAACAUCCGGCCAAAGGAAGAUGGCGGUUACUACAUCUCCCUGGUGUCCUAUGCCACUGAACGCAACCGAGAACUUGCUGCAGCCCUCGGCCCCUUAUCGUUUGUCAGGAAACUGCUUCUGAGAUUGAUGACAGUUACAAAGGUUCUCUUUGAAGCUGCAAACAGUAUUUAUCCCAGUGUAUACAUUGAGAAGUUAGCACAAAAGACUCUCCACUUGGAGCCAGUGACAGCCAUGACUAUUCGUGAGACCAACUUGAGCAUUGUGGUGGAAGUGGAUGCUGAUGGAAAGAUCGUGGACUCCUUGCAAGGUGACUCAGGCAGAAUUGUUCUUGUGUCAGAGACGCACAAAGUUGGAGAGAACCUCUUCUUUGGCUCUCCAUACAACAACUACCUAGGACGCCUGAUGCUUAACCCACCCACCAUGGAGGUAGAGGGGAAGGGGGUCAGGAUGAAGACUGGAGGCACAGAUGAAGAUAAGAAAGAUAAAGAGAAGACAAGAGAUGAAUCACCUGAUGAACUCCUGGAAGAGAAGGAAACACAAAUUAUAGAAGAAGCACAGGAGAAAGAUGCUGAAGUAAAAUCUGAGAGUGAAACAGAGAAAGAAAGCCAUGAAAAAACAGUGCCAGACACAAAAGAGGAGCUUUAGGAACCACUGCAAAAUCAACCUUUUGUUGCACAUAAAAGUGACUUGGUAUGCCUUGAUACACACACUACUUUCAUCAUUACAGUUCCAUUACAUGGUCAUGAAAGUUGAUAUGUAGAUAUAUACCAGGUAUUUGAAAUAUGCAAACUUGAAAUAUGUGUAUUCUAUUAUAUGCUUAAUUGUACUUUCAUCAUUACAGUUCCAUUACAUGGUCAUGAAAGUUGAUAUGUAGACAUAUACCAGGUAUUUGAAAUAUGCAAAUUUGAAAUAUGUGAAUUCUAUUAUAUGCAAUUAAGCUAAAUGUGCCAAGUAUUCUUGGUAUGUAAGAAAAUUCCCUAUUAUGCGAGUAAGUGGUGGUGCAGUUGGUUGGUGAAGGGUGGCCAACAUGCACUAGGGGGUGGUGGGUGCAAAUGUUUUCUUGCACUUUCCUCACACCAUAUGCAGAUCAGUUUAUAAUUUUUGUCCGUUUAUAAUUUUUGUUUGUUUACAAUGUCUGUUCAUAUAUUUUACAGUAUCUUUACUGAUGUGUUUUACUGUUGCUUUAGUGCUUUAUUUUAUUUACUUAUUUUAUUAUUUAUUUAUUUAUUUUUAUUUAUUUAUUUUUUUUGUGAAAGUGUUGGAAUAAAUAUUUAGGUUCAAAACCUUGGUCAUGGAACAACUCCCUCUCAUUAAUGGAAUGAUAUGUUUGAUGUACACAUUCUUAUUAUGCAUUCUUAUUAUGUGAACUUUUUUUGCAAAACAUAACCCUUACACAUCACGAAUACCUGGUGUAUAGCUGACAUCAUGAUAUCGUUAUAGAUUUUUUUUUUUUUUUUUUUUUUUUGCUUGCAGUUGCUGGCCAUUAGUAAAAUUAGUUCAUUGGUUAUUUUCAUUGAUGUGCCAUACAUGUCUGUGCUCUGAGGCAGCUGAAGUUUGCACUGAUGUGGAAGGUAAGCAUUGUGUUAUCUUCCAGGGACAUGUAGUUUUGUUUAAGUAUUGAAGUGAUUGCUCAAUUCCAUUCCUUUACUGUCUUGUCCAUUUACUGCUGUUGAUCCUUUCAGGCCUUAAGUGUGGAUGUUGUGUUUGCAAUGGACAGAGGCAGGAUUGUGUGGUCAUUGAUUGUCUUAGUCAUUUUUGGAAAGUUUAGGAUUUUGUCAUUUUGUAUAUACUGUUAUGGAAAAUUUAUGUACAGCUCUAAGGCAUUGGCUUACUCUAUCAAACACUUCCUUUCAUUGAGUUGAUGUUUUCUUAUAAAAAAGACAAAGGCAAUGCCAAUAAGACUUUAGACUAAGGAGGCAAUGCCAAUAAGACUUUUUAGACUAAGGAUUUACAUAAGUUUUCUGAUGCAUAACUACAAAAUAUAUAGUUAUGAACACUGAUUAAUGGAGAUAUUAGCAUUAUGCACUUUUGUUGGAGAAUCAUUAUUAUUUUAUGCUUUCUUUCUCUGAAAUACUCACUAUACGUACAUAGCCCAAAAAUCUUAACUGGUAUCUUUUGAAUCCUUCUGGUUGUACAUGUGAAGGACAAGGUGAUAGGGAAAUGUGCCUUUUGUUAAAAGCUUUCCCUUGUAAGCCACUUUGUAUUAGGUGAUAAGCUUUAAAUCAGAAAAUUCUUUGUAUUAGGUGAUAAGCUUUAAAUCAGAAAAUUUCAAGCUCUGUAUUAGGUGAUAAGCUUUAAAUCAGAAAAUUUCAAGCCGAGCUUUUUUACCUGCAUGGCUUGAAUUGUAAAUAUUUGUAUACAUGUUUGGUGGUGGGCAGAUCAGGAGCACUUUGAACAAGACUGGGUCCAGAUCCUGCUGGACUCUGAAUUAGACAAAAGAUGAAAUUUGUUUGUGCUGAAUUGCAGAGGAACCUUGUGAACACAUAGUUCAUGUAAAAUCCCACAACCUGAGUGUACAGACUGGAUGAAGAGGAAUGGGGUCACAAGUGGCUCGGGAAAACCAGAAAACACAGAUCAGGUAGUCUUGACAAUGAAGCUGUUGAUGGAUGCACAGAUGGAUCCAGUUUUAUUUGCACUUGUAUUAUUAACAUGGAAUAUUUUCUGUAAAGGAGAUAUUAAAUGUUUUUCAUAUUUUUUUUUUAUGUACAUACUAACUACUUUUGGUUGAGAGGUAUGGGGUGAACAGGAAAAGAUAAGACAUGUAAUAAAAAUAAUAAUAAAAAUACACUAACA